UUCUUCCAAUUCAAUGCGUCACUUUCACUCUUCAUCUUCCCCACACGUUACGUUGAUUAUGUGCACGCAAUCACACCACUCAUGCGGCCCUGCCUAUGCUGCUUUACCAACAAACCCAAACCCAAACCUCAAUCCGCUCCUCUCGCCCGCUGAUCGCAACGAUGACGCCCCGUCUUCCGCCUCCAUCUCCAUCUGUUCCUCUCCGAUUCACUUCCUCGGGAUGAUCUUCACUUCUUGGCUCAAUCGCCGCCGUCUCAGUCGCUGUCUCUUCCUCCUCUUCUGCUCUCCCCUUCUACUCCCGCUGCUCUGCGCCACGUUCCCCUUAAUUUUAUCCCUCGAAUUUUUCUUCCGUUUCUGCCGCCGUCGCCGCCGCCGAGGGAAGUUGAGAUCGCCGGAGGGUUUCGAUGGACGCGACGGAGAUGGGUUGCGCCGCUCCGAGGAGGGACGAUGCGACGAGAAGCCGCUUUUGCACCGGUAUUUACAAGAUCAGUUGGUUUUGGUGAUUGGAUCUGUGUACAGCGGUGAGGAGGAAGAAGAUGGGAAUGGUGUGGGGCUAAUGUAGAAUAUUUUCAAAGUACGAGCCCUCUUUUGCAAUGAUGGGAAACAUUCAUGGUUCAUGAAAUUAUGAAUGUAUACUUUUGUUGAACUUUUCGGUUACAUUUUCUUUUUCUGUUUCUCUUCUCUAUAUAUUAUUGACUUCUUAUGUAUGACAACAUAUAAUUCAGCAAGGUGUUUGUACAUUUUCCUACCAUUAAAAAUAUUGAAAUUUCGAUUUUCGAUUUGCA